CAGCAACAGACAACAAAAAGAGCAAACAUCAACAAGGCCGCAACCGACCGGCCAUGGGAGAUGCGGGCGAUGACCGCAGCAGACACAAGGACGACGUGGUGGGAGAGGGAGACGUGGAAGGAGACGCAGAGGAAGAAGAGGAGGAGAUGACACGAGUGGAGUUGUUUGGAAAGGCGUUUUAUGGAGAUGCAGAUGAGAAGCGUGCCAACUUUGCGUUGGACGGGGAGGUGAUUCGCAAAUGUGCCUGUGGCGACCAGCACACCGUCAUCAUCGCAGAUUCUGGUCACGUGUUUGCAUUUGGCGCAAACGAAUGGGGGCAGCUCGGCAUCGGACACCAGAACAAAACCCACGACCCAACGCUCCUUCCAAGUUUACGCGAGCAUGUCGUGACGUCUGCGGCCUGUGGCCGCAACCACAGCCUCUUCCUGACCUCGACAGGCAGCGUACUUGCGGCUGGUAGCAACGAAGACCUGCAGCUCUCCGUCGAUCCCAACGCCUCUGACACCUUGCGUCCCGUGCCUGUGCUUGGCUUGCCAAAGUCGCGCGUCACCGCCGUCGCCGCGGGCGCAGAACAUUCCUGCGUCAUCACCGGUACUCCGAAACAAGUCAAGAUCAAGAGCAAAGGGAAAAAGGCAGUGGAUAUCGACUGUGGUUACUCCCACACCAUCGUCGUCAUGGACAAUGGGCAGGCGUUUGGCUUUGGCGAGACGGAAGGCGGCAAGCUCGGUGUUGAGACUGAUGACGAUGAGGUGCACGCACCAAAGGAAAUUCGCGGCUUUGAAGGAAAGGCGAUGAAAGUUGCCUGUGGCGCAAACCACACGCUCCUGCUCACAGACGAAGGGCUGUAUGCGUUUGGCGACAACAGCUCUGGCCAGCUCGGAUUACCGCAGUCAACGCUGUUUGCAUCAACACCAAUGCCCGUCCCGUUGCCUGCAGGCACAGAUGCGACCGCAAUUCUCUGCAUCGCCGCAGGGGAAGCGCACUCCGUGCUGGUGACGAGCGGCGGUGCGCUAUACGCAACAGGAACACACCGCCACCAAGUGCUCGGACUGUCAGAUGUCAAGCAGGAUGUGCACGGGUUUACGCGCGUUCAUCUUGACGACGGCUUCAAAGCGAAACACGUCGCAUGUGGCAGCAACCACACUGCCCUUGCCGCUGCGUGGACCGAUGACGACGAUGACGAGGAGGGGGAAGAUGGCGAUGAUGGUGAUGGUGGCGGCGCCGGUUCGCAGACAAGCGAUACGGCUGGCGAUCAUGAUGCAGGAGAAGCUGUCGGUGCUGAUGGCGGCGAUGGUGGCCGUGACGGUGCCAUGGUGCAUGAGACAGAUGCUAAGCAAGCAGAGGCGAGUGACGCCGGCACCAGCACGCCGCCUGACGUGAUGUCCCCAUCAAACCAGGACCAGGGCCAGACACAGAAGCAGGAGCAGGAGCAACAGCCAUCAUCGCCACCGUGGAUGGUCACGCCACCAACGCCAACGACACAGCUCGCGCCCAUUGACGCACCAUCACCCUCACCACUCACGCCAGUGCGGACGCCUGGUAAAGCCACCAGUCGCCUGCCGCCUCUCACACCGCGGCACACGGCAGCAGAGUUCAACAACGCUGUCCACUCGGCCGCUUUCAGCAAUGCGCGCGCGCAGCGACGAAAGCUGCGGUCCCUCCAGCCCGUCACGGGGUUUGCACUUCUACCGCCCGUGCCCGAGUUGAAUAACUUGACGCCCCUUGAUCGCCCUGUGCUGGGCACCACGCGCGCUGAUGGCACUGGAGAUGGAGGAGAUGGAGGAGAUGGAGGUGAUGGUGGUGAUGAACAUGGUAGUGAGCACCGUGAUGGCUGCAGCACCACGGAGCAGCCUGCCGCUUCAAGCAACAACAGCAAAACGAACGCCAACACUGGCGAUGACAACGAUGAAGAAGAAGAAGAUGAUGAUGAUGAUGAGCUCAGCGUGGACGAUGAUGACGACGACGACGACGAUGCUACUGAUGAUGGCGGUGGUGGUGUCAGCAGGAAGGGCGGCGAGGAGACGGCUCAGCAGCCAGCCGCCACCGCAUCCGAUGGAGGCACAACGACCAGUGGUGCCCAAGACAGCAGCCCCGCCAUUGCCAACGACAGGAGCGAUACGGGCGUGGCAAGUCGGGCGAAGCCAGGCAAGAGCGUGCGCAUUGCAGAGGAACCAGAGGAGAUUGUGAACGUGCGGCCGGAGGUGGUGGCGCGACAGAAGAACGCGUUUCUAUGCAGCCCACGCCGCCCAAAACACAAAGGAAAAGGCAGCAGUGGCGCUGGCAGUGGUGGGGUGAGUGACAGCAAGAAAUCAAGCAUGUGCACAAUCUCAUGACAUCUGCAACCCUGAUGAUGUGCCGUAUGACUGUAUGCACGACAUCCCUCUUCUAUUUCCCCGUCCCUUCUUGUGCGCCUUGCUUCCAAGUGGUCAGCCGGUUUGCGUUGCCAUGGCUUGUGUUACACUCUUUCGACCACGACAGUGCGGCACAAGAGGUAUGUACAAUACAAUAAGCGCAUCGUCAACAAGAAGC